AUGUACUUCUCAACUGCUGGAGCACUUGUCGUGAGCAGCAUCUUUGGCACUUCAUUCGCCCGGGUAAACAAUGUUCCAAUCGAUACUUCGACUAUUGACGAGCUUUACGCUAAAGCCCUCAAAGAAGAUCAAAAUUGGUCAGUCCAAGGUGAAAGCAUGAAAGCAGCUUGGGCUGCGCGAUUCCCAAAAAUUGCUCUCGAUCUUACAGUCAACCUCUCCAAAUACCACGAUAGUCGAAUUGAUCGAGCAUACUGGGCUAAAAAUGAAACCGUUGAUAUCGCCGUUCUUCAAACUCUCAAUGAUUUCCAAAGAUGGAAAGAAGACGGACGUUUACUGUUUUACAAGUCUCCAACUUUCGCUGAUCUCUAUUCGGGAGGGAAGGAUCUCGAUGGUGCUUUUGUGCCUAUUUACAUUGGCAGCUUCGGAACUUUCUCUUGGGACAGUACCUACGUUUCAGCAUCCGACGCUCCAACCAGCUAUGCUGACCUCCUAGACCCAAAAUGGAAGAGUAAAAUUGUGGCCACUUACCCUAACGAUGACGAUGCAAUCGGCUAUCUCUUCUCCAUCAUCAUCGAAAAGUACGGUUUUGAAUGGCUCGAUGCUCUUGCAGCACAAGAUGUUCAAUGGGUCCGCGGUACCGCCACCCCAGGGUUUGUCAUACGGGACAACCACAACAACGCCACCAAAUCCGCAUCCGGUUCUUCCCCUAAAGGAAGAGUUCUCUCAUUUACCACUUAUCCGCCCUCAAAUGAAACAUACUUUCAAACGACCCAACCAGCAGCCCCAGAACAGUACAUGGCAUGGGCACAAACAGCUGCGGCUUUUGCUUCUACCAAGAGACCUGCUACUGCUAAACUUUUCUUGGCUUGGAUUACCAGUGAUGAAUGGCAGAAGGCUUCAACUUCUGGAUCGCCUAGAAAGAGCUUGGAUAUCGGAGGCACGGUUUACACGAGUAACACAACACAGACUAGUGGGUUUAGACAGUUUAUGCAGGAUCGUAAAAGAGUUGAGUGGUGGAAGUUGCAGUAUGAGACUACGUUGGGAACGGCUCAAGGAGUUAGUCCUUUGAUUCUGUACCCAUAGUUUCAGAGAUCAGUUGGACUAGAAGCUACAGGAGAGCUAAUGGAAGCAGAACGAGGAGGCGUGGACUGACGGGAUUGUUUGUAUGAUGUAUGCUCUAUGUAUUUUUCAAAUUGUAUAUAUUAUUUUAGUGGUGUAAAAGUAGUCAUGGGUUACUGUUGAGCUAUUGCAAGAGUAUCUGCCACGAGUUCAUUUGAAAACCUGCUCCUGCUAAACCAGACCCAAACAGCAGCUUCGCCGACAUCAUUCUCGUCGACGCUGCU